UCGACGCCUGCACAUCGACGGUAUGCACCUGAGUGGUGGAAUGUACCACUUCUAGGCUGUCGGGCCGGUACUCGAAUCUCUAACGUGACCAAGUUCCUCCUGUGCAGCAUCAGUCCUGAGUCUUCCGCAUCUCGCAUCUUCGAAGCACACCAUGCGCGUGCUACGUACCCACUGCUUCUCCCCCUCUGGGCAUCUGCCACCAUGAUGGUGGGCGAUAACUUCAAGAACAUCAGGGUUUACUGGUUAGCUUUCGUCGUGUACUGGGGUAUUUUCUUGUUUGGUUAUGACGCUGGUAUCGCCGGAGGCAUGGUCUCGCAGCCUUACUUUCAAAUACAUUUCGGUCUCGUGAACCCCAGCGGAACGGUUGACGAGGCCAAAUACACACAAGUUUCUUCCAAUGUAGUCUCCGUGUUACAGGCGGGGGCUUUCUUCAGCGCCCUUGGCAGUGCACCAAUUUCUGCUUGGCUUGGACGUCGGUGGACGCUCAUCGCAUUCACAAUCGUGUUUUCAGUAGGGGCCGUACUCACCACGGUAGCAGGGGGCAGCAGAGGAAUUGGGUACAUUUAUGGAGGUCGUGCUGUAUCCGGUGUUGGGAUAGGUGGUAUCUCAGCAGUCGCGCCUGCCUGUGUGUCGGAAUGCUCACCCAAGGGUGUACGUGGUCGCAUCACUGGUCUUGCUCAGAUCAUGGUUGCCAUCGGUGUUAUGGUUUCGUACUUUGUUAAUCUUGGAGUGGGACUCCAUCUGGCAAACAGCGAUAUGGUUUGGAAAGUUCCUUUCGGAUUGCAACUUGUCCCUGCAGGUUUGAUGUGCUGGGGACUACUUAUGGUUAAGGAAUCGCCACGUUGGCUGGCUUCCAAGGGUCAUGUCCAGGAAGCAAUUGGAAACCUCGCGUACCUCCGUAAAGAGCAACCUGACUCCCGAGCCGUACAGCACGAAAUAGCAGAAAUCAAGGCAGCGAUCCGAGAGGAACAGGAAGCUCGCGAGGGCUUUGGUCUCAAGAAAUCAUUUUUUGGAGAUGGAAACUUCAUUCGAUUUAUUAUAGUCUUCGCCAUCUUCGUACUCCAGCAAUGGGGUGGACAAAAUUCUGUCAGUUACUAUGCCCCUCAAAUCUUUACCUCGAUUGGUUUUACAGGAACAACGAACUCCCUUCUCGCUUCUGGUAUCUAUGGAGUUGUCAAAGUAUUGGCCACUAUGAUUUUCAUUUUUUUCUUCGUCGACUCACUUGGCCGCAAGAUAUCCUUGUUUAUCUCAGCGGUUGGAAUGGGUAUCACGUUUUUCACAGUCGGUGCAAUCCUCGGGACCAACCCUGUGGAUAACAUUCAAGCUGGUCAACAACCCCCAGCAGCAUCUAAGGCAAUGGCUGCCAUGCUUUACAUUUAUGUGUGCUUCUAUUCGAUGGGUUGGGGUCCCCCUCCUACAGUGUAUGUGUCAGAGAUAUUCCCCACCCAUACACGACAUUAUGGUCUGGCGAUUGCCUCAGGGACACAAUGGCUAUUCAGUACAUCCAUGCUCACGUUAUCUGAAUACGUCCCAUCACUGAUAUGUAUGACAAACUUUGUGGUCUCUAAGGUGACACCAACCUUAGUCGCCGACCUCGGUUACCAAAUCUUCUUCAUGUUCGGUGCUAUAAACAUCGGCGGUAUGACCACCUUUUCACUUCCCCUUCCCGAAACCAAGGGACGCAGUUUGGAAGAAAUGGACAUUAUAUUUGGUACAGUCAGCCUUGAAGCACGUGAAGCAUUCAUCGCAAGGCAACGACGAGAAUUGCGCUGGAACAGAGGGAUCGGGGGAUAGGAGGAGGAAGCACAGCCACUCCGUGCUUAGUCAGGCA